CCCGGGCUCCCCUUCCGGCCUGAGCCGCACCCCCCCCCGCGCCCUCGCGGGAACCGUCUGAUUUUCCGUACGAGCCCAGAGCGGCAGCGUUUGGCGCCUUGGGAGAGUUCGUCAGUUAUUAUUGCGAGACACAACUGGGUGGGCGUUUAGGACAGGACGGAAAGCCGGCAGUUGCCCUGUUGACCGAAUGAGGUAGGCAUGGAAAGCAGGCAUCUCCAGACAGCUGCAACCCUUGGAGAGGGGAUGGGAGCCAGACCAGAUCAGUAGAACAGGUGGAGAUGGCAGAGGAAGAUAAUAGUGGGGAAGAAUACCCAAAUGAAAUUCAUGAUUAUCUGUCAGCAUUUGAAAAGUCUCUUGGUUCUGUAGAUGACAUGCUGAAGACUAUGAUGUCUGUUUCUAGGAGUGAGCUUCUUGAAAAGUUGGACCCUCUUGAACAAGCAAAAUUGGAUUUGGUUUCUGCAUACACGUUAAAUUCGAUGUUUUGGGUAUACCUGGCCACUCAAGGAAUCAAUCCCAAGGAACAUCCAGUGAAACAAGAGCUGGAGAGAAUAAAAACGUACAUGAACAGAGUCAAAGAAAUAACUGACAAGAAAAUGGCGUCCAAACUGGAUAAAGGAGCUGCAGCAAGAUUUGUAAGAAACGCAUUAUGGGAACCAAAACCUGAAAAUAAUCCUAAAGUGAAAGCUUCUGCUAAGACAAAAAAGAGAAAAACAAACUAGUUUUUUAUUUUCUUUUGGUUGUAUUUUUGUUUAUCAGGUAGGAAGAUAACUAGAAAAUUAUUUUUUAAAUUGUGUUUUGUAUAUAUAUUUUGCAUCACAUAAAUGAUGAAGUAAAACAACAAUUUGGUGAAUAUAUCUUUAGCAAAGAUCUAAACUGUAGGGUCAUGUUGAACAGCUGCUACUGAGAUCACACCUGUAUAUACACAUGUAUAUCUGAAAGUGAAAGUUGGUCCUUGGAGAUUAACUUUAAAGCUUGGCUCUUUAAAUGAGAACAAACUAACCAUUUUUGCCAGCUCUUUGUAAUAAUGUGCUAUUUCAUGAUUUGCUUCUAAUUCUAAUAAUUUUUGGGAUAAUUCUGGCUGCUUGGAACUCUGUUUUCUUAGUUACUGCUAAAUUUAAUCUCUGAAUAUUCAGACAGUUACAAGCGAUGGACAUCUAGUCUGUGUGAAUUGUUUAUGUAGGAGCCACUGGUUUUCAAGUACAUCUGUGUAUGUAAUGCUUAAUUUGUAGGGCAUACUAUCCUUUGUAUUGCUUGUAUUAAAUAUACAUGAUGCCUCUUUUUUUUUUUUUUUCCUCCAAUCUCUCAACUUGAAUUAAGAGCUGUUUAUGGUCUUUAAUGUUUCCAUGGCCUUUAAGUAUGGAUGAGAGCUUAGUGCUGGCACUGCGAGAUGGACAGUUUAGCAGGGAUUCGCUCUGGGAAUGGUGUGUUUUGCUGUUCCCUUUGAUACUGAGUGUGGAAAGUAUUCUCUAGUAUGGUAAAAAGUAUUGAAAUACUGGGCAAAUACCCUGCUUCAUAUAUGAUUAAUUUGUACUCUUUUAAGGAGUAUAUGCAUUCUUAAUCUGUUGGGAAUUUGUUCAGGAGAACCUGUUCAUGUUUCAGUACACUGCAAGCUCACAAAUUAAUAAUACAAAUUUGGUUUUUUUGGUGGAGAAGGUUUGCUGUGUUGAAGGUGGCGAGAAAAUGCCUGUGAUUAGGCGUGCUCUGAUUUGAAAGAUGGAAGUGCUGGUAUUAGUGAUGGGAUGAAUAUAAGGGCUUGUCUAUACUUACGCGCUGGUUCGGCGGCAGGCAAUCGAACUUCUGGGUUUGAUUUAUCGCGUCUUGUCUGGAUGUGAUAAAUCGAACCCAGAAGUGCUCCCCAUUGACUCCGGUAAUCCUGCUUGGCGCGAGGAGUACGCGGAGUCGACGGGGGAGCCUGCCUGCCGCGUCUGGACUGCGGUAAAUUUGAACUAAGGUACGUCGACUUCAGCUACGUUAUUCACGUAGCUGAAGUUGCAUACCUUAGUUCGAAUUGGGGGGUUAGCGUAGACCAGGCCUAAGUGAAGUAUCACUACCUGCUUGUAAAUGGAAAACCCAGUAUCAGACAUACUGGGUUAAAUUUACUGUUGCCCUGCACCUUGUAUAAUUAAAUUGCAAGAUUGAGGUCUUACAAUGUACAGGCAUUGGGGGCAUUCCUGCACAGAGUCCAUUGCCUUAAAUGGGGGCUUCUUGGGCAUACAGGAGUCUGCCCUUACGUUGUAAAUUGCAGGAUUGGGGCCUCGAACUGGGGCAAAGUGAGUGUAAAAUUCUAUCAAAUCAGAAUGGGUAGCAUUUUACACUUGCUUUUUACCAGUGUAAAUGACAAUGCAAGGUACAGUGCAAUGGUGAAUUGGGCUCACUGAACCAAUCCUAACAAUCUGAGAUUCACCUGUAAUUUGCAUUAGGUCUCUCACCUGUUAAUGUGAAUGAACAAGAUUCUACUGAAUUGUUCAUUUGGAGUUGAGAUACAUUGAAUUUCUCUAUUACGCAUAAUUGAAAGCUAUUGGAUACGAUAUGGAAAGUUAUUGUUCACCUAGUUAUUCCGAAGAAUUACACCACCAUGUGCUUACAUGUAGUCUAGACUGAGUAGAAUGAGAUGCUGUAACUGAAGCUAUAUCACCGUUGACCAUUCAGAAAUGUAUUUUUAAAGAGAUGUUUUGAUAAACUGUCCAGUUGUUUGUUAAGCACAAAUGUUAAUAGCUUUGUAUGUUUAGAAAAUGGCUCUGUGAAUGUUAUGAUGAAGAAUAAACAAGCCUAAGCUAAUAUGUAAAUAUA